AUGGGACACGAGACUCCUGAGACUUAUGCCUGGCCGCCUGUCGCCACCCACGAGGAAAUGAAGGCGGCCUCCCUCCCGCUCGGAUACAGAGACCGGUGCGCGUCCCUGCUGAUCCCGCUCAACAAGUGCCGUCGCCAGACCCUGUACCUGCCCUGGAAGUGCGUCGACGAGCGACACUCCUACGAAAAGUGCGAGUACAUGGAGUUCCAGUCCCGCGUCAACGCCCUCCAGAAGCAGAAAGCUGCUGCUGCCUCCGCCGCCGCUGCUGCUGAUGCCGCCGCUCUCACCGCCGAAUAA